GUUUAAAAAAAAACAAAAAAUUAACUGCAAAUUUCGGCGUUUUCAUGGCGUCUCUUCUUUGAUCUUAUUUCGCUUGACCCCUAUCUGUAAGAUUAGAUAUUCGCUAAUGCGUUAAGCUCAAGCAUCAACCAAACAAAAACUUAGAGCAGAUAAGUAGAAAAACAUCUUUCUUUGCUUCUUCUUCUUCUUCCUCGUAAGACUUUCGGACAAAGAGGACUCCAAAUCAACACCAAAACUGCAAAUUUUUAUACAUAUCAGUAAGGCGUUGACUGAUUCUUUGAGAUGGGUUUGUGUUAAAUUCGUGGGUCAGUCGAAAGAUCCAAUUUAAAUGGAGCCCCCAAAGGGAUUUCGUGCUUCUCUGUUGCAGUUCUUACUAUUCCUUCCUUAUUUCAUUGGAUUGCUGUUUCUGGGUGUCAUCAAAGGUAUCAUUUUGUGCCCAAUCGUAUGCCUCGUUGUGACUAUAGGCAACUCCCUUGUCAUACUAAGUCUUUUGCCCGUCCACAUAGUUUGGACUUUCUAUUCAAUAGUGAGUGCCAAACAAAUAGGACCGAUCUUGAAGUUCUUUCUAUGCUUAUGUCUUCCUGCCGCUAUCAUUCUCUGGCCAAUUCUUGGUAUUUUAGGGAGUGUUCUUGGAGGAGCUCUAUAUGGUUUCCUCUCACCGAUUUUCGCCACCUUUGAUGCUGUUGGCGAAGGCAAGCCUUACCCGUUUUUCCAUUGCUUUUAUGAUGGAACUUGGAGCAGCGUCGAACGCAGCUUCACUAUUGUCCGCGACUUUAAAGAUGUUUGCUUUCACUCCUACUUCUCACUCAUGGAUGAGCUUAAAAUAUGUUGCCCGGAUAGCAAAUAUUAUGAGAUAAGGGUACUUCAGCUUCCAGGGGCUUUGGUAGCUUCGGCUCUCGGGGUUCUUGUUGAUUUCCCGGUGAUCUCACUCGUAGCCAUAUGCAAAAGCCCUUACAUGCUGUUCAAAGGAUGGCACCGUUUGUUUCAUGAUCUCAUUGGACGGGAAGGUCCAUUCCUGGAGACAAUGUGUGUCCCCAUCGCAGGCCUCGCGAUCUUACUCUGGCCUUUGGCUGUCACUGGCGCGGUUCUUGGAUCAGUCGUCUCAAGUAUCUUCCUCGGUGCUUAUGCAGGAGUGGUCUCGUAUCAGGAAUCAUCGUUUUACUAUGGACUCUGCUUUAUAGUUGCCUCUGUGUCCAUUUACGACGAGUACAGCACCGAUAUACUUGACAUGCAUGAAGGAUCUUGCUUUCCAAGGCCAAAGUAUCGAAGAAAGGAAGAGGAACCAACAGCCUUCUCAGGUCCUAUACCAAGAAUAGGCUCUGCCAAGAACACGGCUUCAGCAAGAUCAGGAUCAGUGAGAGUCCCUAUGAUUGAUAUUAAGCCUCUCGACCUUUUGGAUGGUCUCUUUGUGGAAUGUAGGAAGUUUGGAGAAGUUUUGGCGAGUAAAGGGCUGAUAAAUUCAAAAGAUAUCGAAGAGGCGAGGUCUUUUAAGCACAGCCAAGUGAUCAGUGUUGGCUUACCAGCUUAUGGACUUCUUUACGAGGUUCUACGCUCCGUCAAAGCCAAUUCUUCCGGCUUGUUACUCGCUGACGGUGUAACUGAGCUAACUACCAAGAACAGACCGAAAGACGCUUUCUUUGAUUGGUUUCUGCAUCCGUUUUUGAUACUAAAGGAGCAAAUGAAAGCUACAAACUUGUCUGACGAAGAAGAAGAGUAUCUCGGAAGAUUGGUUCUGCUGUAUGGAGAUACGGAGAGGCUAAAGAACUCGUAUGCCGGUUCUACUUCUCCUACUCUUACCGAGCGUAGAAGAGCCGAACUUGACGCCUUUGCUCGCAGGAUUCAAGGGCUAACGAAAACGGUGUCAAGGUAUCCAACAUACCGUCGACAUUUUGUGGGUUUAGUGAAGAAACUAUCGGAGGAUUUGGACCAGAACCACCAAGAAUCGAUAACAGAAGCGCCUGCUCCGGUUAAGAUAUUUUCUCGGAUAUUCAGCAAGAGUCAGAGAUCUUUCAGAAGAAAGGGAAGUAUCAAUGGUUCCGAUCAAGAAUCGCAUAAAGGUGUCUCAAGGGCUGUAGAUAUCGUUUAAACAUGGGACUUGUGGAUAUUUGGAUAGCUAAAAAGCCUUUUGCUCUUUGCAAGAUUAAAAAUGUUGUUCCUUGUAAAGAUUUUUCAGAGAGAUUGUUUUGAUUUAUAGAACUGUAUGUUUUCGGUUAAGCAACUGUUAAUUUUGGAAGGUUCCCUUGUACUACAAACGUUGAAUUACUAAAAACAUCAUUAAUUGUAAUCUUCUUACUAUCAAUCUGC